AUGGCUCUUGACGACGAUGAGGAAGAGGAACAAGAAGAAGAGGAAGAUGAAGAGGAAGAAGAAGAAAAUGAUGACGUUCAAGAAAUCGCCACAAACGGCCGACAACAUUGGACGAGCGAGGAGGAGGUGUCCUUGGUGAAGGCGUAUUUGCACAUCUCGGAGAAUAGGAAACAUGGCAACGAGCAAAGAAAGGAUGCGUUUUGGAGACGGAUCAUUAAUCAUUUUAGGCAACUUCCCGGUGCAAGGAUACGAAACAUGGACCAAAUGACGUCGACGUGGACGGAUUUGAACGGGAAAAUUAGCAAGUUCAACGCUUGUUUCAUUCAAAAGAACCGAAACCCACAAAGUGGAGCGAGCGAGGCGACAAUCAUGCGAAAAGCAACCGAAGAGUAUUGCCGACUAUACAAAAAGAGGACUUUUCCACACGUGGGGGCAUGGGAAGUUGCGAGACAUCACCCGAAGUGGGUCCACGUUGAGUUGGUUGACAUGCGUGGUCCUACGGCUCCAGAAAAACGAGGAGGUUCGAAAAGAUCAAAGACAUCCGAUUCGGGGAACUACACGACUUCCGCGUCGGAUAACUUGCCGGAAAUGAACUUAAACGGCCCCCUUGACGAACCCGAUCAACCCGUUGACGACCCCAUCGAAGAAGAUACACCCACAAGGCCACGACGCAGGAGAGGUGGUGAAUCGUCAAGCAAAGGUAAGGAAGCGGUGGCGGAGUCGAUCUUCAGAAUCGAAGAGGAGAAAAUGACCCAAUUCAAGAAGGCCGAACAAAGAAAAGAAACAAUUAUGUCCCUAAAAGUUGAACGCGAGCAGGCGUACAAGGAACACUUGAAAACGAUUGAAAGACAAAAUGAUUUAAAAAUCUUGUGUGAAAAGCACGCCCAUCUCGACGAACCGUUCAAGUCAAUUGUCAUUCAACAAAAGCGCGAGAUUUGCGCAAAGUGGGGUUGGGAGAUGCCACCCGUUUAG